CCAAAUUUAGAAAUUUCACCGUUGGAGACUUGCUGAGCAAUAGAAGACUUGAAUCUUCAGGCUACAUUUUUAACUUUGGCCGGUUACUCAGCGCUGAGCCGCUGACAGGGUGGCCAAUUUUUCUGCACCUUAUUUCUGGUAUCUGAUCUAUCAUCUGAAGCAAACUGCUACUGCAAUAGGCUCACAAGGUCGGCUGUAGUACACAUGCAACCGUCUCUGGCUCAAAUAGCUCUAAUAAGUUGAGGUUAAGAAUGAAGGAAGAUACAGAGGAGUUUAUUCAGAAACAUCUUGCCACGGUGAAGUACAAGGUGAGGAGCAACGUGGGUAACCAGUCCAAAUCACCGUGGAAUGUCAAUCUCAGAGCAACAUCAGUAGCAGGUGAACUCUUGAGCCGAUUCAUCUCCUUCCUCAGCAACAAGUACCACUCGAGCCAGGCAUACUCGGAAGAUAAGCAGCUUGAGAAGCUGCAACUGCUGCUCCUGAGAGCUCGCACUGUCGUCGAGGAGGCGGACGGGCGGUACAUCACCAACUCGGGCAUGCUCGCGCAGCUCAAGAUACUGGCGAGCGCCAUGUACCGAGGCUACUGGGCGCUAGGGGCCGCCAGUUACAGGUCCCUCGAGGAGGAUAGUCCCCUGGAGGUGGAGGUUAGCAACUCAUCUGUCUGUCCAAAACGUUCCCGCGCAGUCCAUGCCAGUGCUCGAAAGAACCAGGCCAGGUACCUUCUCGAGCUUCAGGGUGCACUGGAAAGCUUGGAAAGUAUUGUUGGUAAUCUGAGGGAGUUUGUUUUGAUUCUGGGCGGGUGCGAUCGCAUGGUUCGUAGACCAUACGAUGCCUAUCUUUACAUGGAGAACUUCAUGUUCGGCCGCCAUACCGAGAAGCAAUUGUUGUCCAAGUUCCUGCUGCAGCACGACCAUCGCUCUCCACCGGCUGUUCUCCCCAUCAUCGGUGCUCUUGGAGUUGGGAAGAAGACGCUAGUCGCACAUGUGUGCAACGACGAGAGGGUUAGAUCGCGCUUCCCUGUGAUCUUGCAUCUGCGUGAAUCUGAUCUGUUGACCAUGACAGACCACUCAACUCUUGUUGCAGAGAAGACGACACUGCUAAUCAUCGAGUUUGUUUCGGAUGUGGGUGAGAAGGAUUGGUCCAGGUUUUACUCGGCUCUGGCAAGCUUGGAUAGUAGAAGCAAAGUGGUUAUCCUAAGCCGGUAUAAAAAUUCAGAGAAGUUUGGAACUGUGAAGCCAAUAUUUCUGAAUCCUCUGACAUACGAGGAGUUCAGCUACCUCUUCAAGACGCUCACAUUUGGGAGCGCGAACCAGCUGGAAUACCCGCGGCUAGUACGGAUCGCGGACGAGUUUGCGAGGGAGCUGCAGUCAGAUUGGUCGCUGGUCACUGCAAAUCUGCUUGCGGACGUGAUGAGAAGAGAUCUGAAUGUUUGUUUCUGGCUCUGCAUACUGACCAGGCUUAGAAGGGUAGUGGAGAGAAACUUGUCCAUGUUUGGUGAACACCCCAAGUUACUUCUCGAGAGAGGUCAUGAAAUAGCUGUCACGGACCUUGUUUUGCACCCCUCCUGUCCGCUUCGCCUCGUCUGGGGCAUCACAGAUGAUGUUCCAAUGAAGAAGAAACCAUCAAAGGUUACAUUUCAUGAACUGAUGAUAGGUCCUGGGGCUGGGAGAAAAGUGGAGUCCGGUCAGUUGACAUGGGAAUCAAGGUUACCGCCUUAUACUUCAUUUCAUCACUUUGUUUCAACUUGUGCUCAAGAUAUGCUUGGAGAUACUACCCUGUCACGACGGAAGCGUCGAGGGGUGUCUUUCUAGCCUCAUAACAAUACUCACACCCUAAUAUAAUGGGGAAUUGCUCAACGGGUUUGCCUAGGAUCAGCUACGUAUAAAUGAUGCUUGUAAUCCUGUUUUUCGGAGAUGGAGUAUGGGUGUUUAUUGUUUUACCUUUUCUUUAGGUGAACCCAUAAAAAAAUUAGUACAAUAACAUGGUUGUGUGCAUCAAUCGAUGCAGCUAUAGGAGUCUUUGCCUCUUUUUUCAAAGAAAAGUGUAAUGGAAAAAUGUAUACUAAUAUUUCUACA